UCGUUGAUCUUGUUCCAAAGCUCAAAGAGGAGCUUGUUAUUAAUAUUUUAGCCGUCGCGUCUCGUGAAGCCAACAAACGCGUUCGUGCAUCCCUUCGAACUAGUUUGCCCGAUCACUAACUCCCGAACACUUUCCGUGAAUCUCUAUUUUAUCCCAGCUAGACUAUUCUCGCACAACCUCCGAGCGCUUCCAUCUGUGAUUCCAUUUGUCUGUUAGAUUUGUCAAUAAUUAGUUUUCAUACACUCUAUAUGUGUGUUACUGGGGCCAGUUUCAAUCUAGUCCAUUCUCGUUCCGCUGAAUUUCGUGAUCUAGUUGUGCUGCAUACCAUGGCAUCAAUGCCAUUUGGAAUGCAUGCUGUGCAGAAGGUGAGGGCCAAUAUGAGCCUCAGUGCCAAUGCAGCCACUACUGGAAGCAAAAGGCAGAAAGAUAACAAUAUAAACUAUAAAUUUAAUAAUGACCAAUAUGUGGACCCAUCACCGUCAAAAUACUGUGACAAAAUGAUGAAUUCUAUUUGGGGAUUGUAUAAUCGCUAUUCUGUUCACAAUUUUAAAAGCAACACUUCGUCAGGCCAAGCUCAAACUACAACACUGCAACAGCCGGCUACUAAGGAAAGCCAGGACUGGUUGCAAAAUCCCAUCAAGUGCCCACUGGAAGGAAUGAAAUUGAACUUUAAUUCGAAGAAUUUUCACCAGUAAAUGCAUUGAUGGGAAAAAUCAGGGGAAAAUUAUUUUCCCUGGUUUACUCUGUUACCUUUUCAAUUAAUCUCUUUCACUCCCAGUUCAUUAUAGGUGGAUAUAGUGGGGUAUGUAACAUUCCCAGCUUGGAAUCAAUGGGCUCACAAUUUGAUGUCAAUGAUCUAUGCUUCAAAUGUAUCAGAGUUAUCAAUACAAUUUAUUCUACAUCAUAA